AUGGCUCGCGGUCAGAAACCACAAAGGUUCGCGAAGAAACCGCAUGCAUUGUCUCGCAAGGCCGCAAACGCAGCAGGGUUCGCGAAGCGCAAGUCUCUCAAGUCAAAGACCCCCUCGCGCGAUGACAUCGCGGACGUUUACGAAUACCAGUCGGAGAAGGUCCCGCGUGAUAAGAUGACGCUUCAGUAUGGGAAGGAGGAACUCGUGGGUGUUGGAGGAGGCAGUGGGAGCGAAGACGAGGACGGCGAUGCUCGGGCGGGCAAGAAGGCGGGCAGGCCACGACUGGUUGGUGAAGGGGAGGAGGGCGAGCAAAUAGGAGAGUCGGAGGAUGAGGACAUUGAAAGCGAUGAUGCUUUCGAUGAGAGCGAUGAGGAGAGGUUCGCUGGGUUCGGCUUAUCGCAAAAGAAAGGCCAAGGUAGUUCGAAAUUGAAGAAGAAAAAGUCAACGAGCAGCUCGCGGAGCGUUCGGUUUGUGGAGGUGGAUCUGAACGAGGAUGAAGAUGAAGAGGACAUUGAGCAGGCAGAGGAGCAUUCCGCGAAUGGCAGUUCACAUGAUGGGGAGGACGAAGAGGAAGAGGAAGAAGGUGACCCCGAUGAGUUUAUCGAUGUCUUGGACAUCAUGGAUGGAAAAGCCGAGCCGGGCAGUGAAGACGACGUGGAGGGAGAACGCGAAGGGGAUGCUCUUCGAAGAACGAAGGAGCAAGCAUCGAAGCCGAUUUCAUCACAUCGUGUCGACGAAGAUGUAGACGAGGAAAUGGAUGAGGUCGAGAAUGGCCGACGCUCAGGAUCUGAAGAGGAAGAAGGUGAUGAAGAGGAAGAGGAGGAGGGUGAUGAUCAACAAAUAUCGGGCUCAGAAGGGGAGGAUGAGGAAGCGAAUUUGGAUGACCUGGCGAGGUUUGUCACGACUUUGGACGUGGGUCAUAAGCGAAAAGCACCAGAUGAUGAGGAUCAGGAGCAACGGAGUGGUGAGAAUGCAGCUCGGGCUCGAAAAAGGCGGAUAUUGAAGGAGCGUACGGAGGCCGGUGCGGAGAAUGAGUUCGCUGCUCAUGUUGGUGGAGACAAGCUCAGGCUCGAUGACUUGCUCGCGCCAUUAGCGGGACAGUCCCCGGGACAGUCCCUGAAAAGAUCGGCGAAGAUCCUCGCUUCGCAGUCUGGCUCGGUGAAGACUUUAUCUGCUCCCCUGCCGCAGAGGACGGCCGAGCGGCUGGAUCGUCAGGCAGCGUACAGGCAGACUAAGGAGGAGGUGGACAAAUGGAAGGCGACGAUGCAGAGGAUCAAAGAGGCGGAACAUCUCAGUUUCCCCUUGCAAGCACAACCCGUCGGGAAGACUUCGAAUCUGGAGUUGGCUGCCAAGUUUAAGCCUGAAACGGAGAUGGAGAAUGCAGUUGACAAGUUGCUCAAACUGGCCAAGAUGCGCGAUGAAGACAUCGCCCAUACUGAAUCUCUCAAAAUGAACCAUCUUACAGUGGAGGAAGUUAAAGCGCGGCGAGCUGAACUGGCGAAAAUGCGUGAGCUGAUGUUCCGAGCUGAUGCCAAGGCGAAGCGCAUCGCGAAGAUAAAGAGCAAGACAUAUCGCCGGCUAAAGAAGAAGGACCGUGCUCGUAUGGCUGAAAAGCUCGGCGAGAACGAGCAGGAUGACGAUGAUGAGGAAGUUCGGCUGGAGCGGGAGAUUGAGCGGGCCCGCGAACGUGCGACGCUCAAGCACAAGAAUACGGGCAAGUGGGCCAAGGCGAUGAAGGCGCGUGGCGAGCUUGACGAAGAUCAGCGGAGGGAUAUUGCGGAGAUGCUGGAGAGAGGGGAGCGGCUGAGGAAGAAAAUUAGAGGGGAUCCUGGGAGUGACGAGGAGAACGACGACGAGGAGAGCAGCGAGGAUGAAGACGAUGAGGGCGCAGUUGAACGGAUCAAGGCGAAUGCGUUUGAGGAGCUUGCAGGCUUGCAGGGAGAUGAGGUCGCUCUCGCUGAGGGGAGUGAAAAGAAGGGCAAGAGCAUCUUCGAGAUGAAGUUCAUGAAGAAUGCGAUAGCCCGGGAUCAGCGGAAGGUGGACGAAAUGGUUGACGAUUUUGUUCGUGAGAUGGGCGGUCCAAUGGAUGUUGAUGAAGACGGCGGCGAAGGCGGCGUGGAUGCGGUCGAGGAGCAGCCGUACAACACUGCCAUGUCGCGUGUUGGUGGGCGCACAACAUACCGUCCAGGACUAUCAGCUGCCGGUAUUACGAAGUCGUUCUCCUCGCUGGACUCAGAAACCUCCAGCGUUACUCUCAAAUCCACAGAUCUGCUCGGUUCCGUACAACCGGAGUCGCCCGUCGCAGGCUCUCCUGUCGCAAGGUCCCCCAUAUCUGAAUGUCCCUCACCUUCAGUUUUCAAGGAGCCUGUCAACCCGUGGCUCGCCCGCGCGGAAGGGUCAAGCGAACUUGUCCAGAAGAGGCACGAAAUUGAGAUCGGAAAGAACAGCGCGAGCGCAGAGAAAUCUAAGAACAAGUUGCGCAAGAGCGACAAAAAGCGAGUGGAGGAAAAGGAGAAGGAGAAGGCGGAUGCGACGGUGGACAUCUCCGUGGACGACGUCUUAAUCCUUGGUGAGAGUAGCACGGUCAUUGGCAUUCCGAAGAAGCAGGAGGCGGCGAAGAACCAGAAGGUGGCAAAGAAACAGGAUACCGCGAGCUCUUCGUCUGCUUCUAAACCAUCGAUAGCGUCUGCAUCAAAGCCAUCAAGUCCAUCAGAAACGAAUAAUGGUGACGACGAAGAUGAUUCAGAUGCCAACAGCGAGGUGGAAGAACAAGAAAGGCUUCUCAGUGUGAAAGGCAAGGGCAAAGCAAAGGGCGUGAAGGCUUUUGAGCAACGAGAUUUGGUCGCACUCGCGUUCGCCGGUGAUAACGUCGUGCAGGACUUCGCUGAGGAGAAGCGUCGAGAGACGCAGGAGGAUGCACCUUUCGAAGUUGAUACCACGCUUCCCGGAUGGGGCUCUUGGGGUGGCAAAGGCACAAAGAAAGCGGCUCCAAAGCCUUAUCUCAUCAAGAAGGUCUCAGGUGUCGAUCCGAAGACGCGUGCAGACUAUGGCAAGACGCACGUCAUUAUCUCAGAAAAGCGCGACAAGAAGGCGGCGAAAUACCUCGUCAAGGACCUGCCAUUCCCGUACACUAGCAAAGCACAGUUCGAGCGCAGCCUCGAGACACCGAUUGGUACCGAGUGGAACACUCGUCUUGGCUUCCAGCGUGCAACACUCCCAAGAGUGGUGAAAAAGCCUGGAAUAAUCAUCUCGCCGUUGGAAAAAUUGCUCUGA